UUCGUUCGUCGGCGAUAAUCUCAUAAAGCUAUCUGAUUGAUAAUUUUUUCAUUUAUUUUAAUAUGACGAUUUACAGUAGAUUGAGGAUAUUCUAUUAAUGAAUAAAAACGUGCAGUUGAUAAACAUUUUAAAGUAUUAAAAUUAAAAAGAAAUAGUUAAUAUUGUAGUUUUGAAAUCAAGUGACUUUUGUUUAGUUUUUGAGUGAACGAUGGCGUUGGUUUUCAGAUGGUAUAAUCGUAUGCUUCUCAACCAUCCUUGGAAAAGCCAGGCUUUAACAACUGGUUGUCUGAUGGCAACUAGUGAUUUUAUUGCACAAACUGCAGUAGAAAAAUCUGAACUGAAACAUGUUGAUUGGUUUCGAGUAGGAAGAUUUGCAUUUCUAGGACUAUUUUAUGUAGGACCAAGUUUAAGACUUUGGUAUCUUACUUUAGACAAAAUCUAUGGUGUAGCUGGUAAAACUGUUGGAAUAAAAAAAGUUUUGACAGAUCAGUGUAUGUUUAGUCCAGCAUUUAUUGCAAGCUUUCUUAUUGUGUGUGGAAAAUCUCAGUUUCAUACCUGGAAUGAAAUCAAGCAGAAAAUCAACAAUGAUUACUUCACGAUAUUAAAGACUAGCUACAAGCUGUGGCCUUGUGCUCAACUCAUUACUUUUUAUGUCAUUCCUUUACAACUGAG